UUCCAAAGCGUUAUCGCGCAAUACGGCGUAUAUUCAACGCGUGUUUUUAUUUUAUUUGAAAAAUGUGGUGAAUUAUUGAACAGAAACACAAAAUAAACAAAAAUGAGUAAGUUCUAUGUUCUUUACGAACAUAGUGCGGGCUUCGCCCUCUUCCAAGUGGCGGAGUUCGAGGAACUGGCAGCAUUCCUGCCGCAAGUCGAGGAGUCUGUGACUGAUCUGCAGCGGUUCAACUCUGUGGUCACUCUCAUCGCGUUCCAGCCCUUCAAAUCAGCUAUCACCGCCUUGGAGAAUAUCAACGCGGUUUCUGAAGGUAUCAUACCGGAGGACCUAAACCUGUUCCUGGAGGGAGCUUUACCAAAGCGCAAGAAGCGCGGAAAAUGCACUCUUGGUGUCGCAGAUCCCAAGCUCGGUGCCGCCAUCAGCGAAGCUCUGGAGAUUCAGUGCUCCCAUGUUGGGGCCGUUCCGGAGAUCCUAAGAGGCAUUCGCCACCACUUCCACGCGCUCAUCAAGGGACUGACUCUCAAGGCAUGCAGUGUAGCGCAGCUCGGCCUCGGGCACUCAUACUCCAGAGCCCGUGUCAAGUUCAAUGUACACCGAGUGGAUAACAUGAUCAUACAGUCUAUAGCGCUGUUAGAUCAGUUGGACAAGGAUGUCAAUACAUUCUCCAUGAGAAUCAGAGAGUGGUAUUCCUACCACUUCCCCGAGCUCGUCAGCAUCGUCCCGGAGAACUACCUCUACACCAAGUGCGCGGAAUACAUCAAGGAUCGCAAGUCCCUCUCCGAAGAGUCGCUGGAUCCCAUCACCGAGAUCCUGGGCGACUCGGAGAAGGCCCAGGCCAUCCUGGACGCCUCGAAGAUGUCCAUGGGCAUGGAUAUAUCACCGGUGGACCUGAUUAAUAUACAGAUGUUUGCUGAGAGGGUCGUGAAGCUAAGCGAUUACAGGAAGCAGAUAGCGGAGUACCUGCACACGAAGAUGAACUCCGUGGCACCUAACCUGACGACUCUGAUAGGCGACCAGGUCGGCGCUCGCCUCAUCUCCAAGGCUGGCUCUCUGACCAGUCUCGCCAAGUACCCGGCUUCCACGCUGCAAAUACUUGGUGCUGAAAAGGCGCUAUUCAGAGCUCUGAAGACCCGCUCAAACACGCCCAAGUACGGUCUCCUGUACCACUCGACCUUCAUCGGACGCGCGGGACUCAAGAAUAAGGGUCGCAUCAGUCGAUAUUUGGCCAAUAAGUGCUCCAUCGCGUCGAGAAUCGAUUGCUUCUCUGAGUCCCAAACAACAGUGUUCGGCGAGAAACUCCGUCAACAGGUCGAAGACCGGCUCAAGUUCUACGAGACCGGAGACAUCCCCAAGAAAAACAUCGAGGUUAUGAAGGAAGCCAUGGAGGAGGCUCUCAACGCCACGCAGGACCAGGAGCCCAGCGCCAAGAAGAAGAAAAAGAAAAAGAAGAAGAAGGAAGAGCCUAUGGACGAGGAUUAGUGCC